UUUAUUCCUAGACAUCUCAGCCAGCUGCUUCCUUUCGCCGUGGGAGUCUUGCUGCAUUAAGUUUUACCCGAGUUUGUAUCAUUAACAAGCCACUGAGCAUUAUUGCUUUUGUGCUUCCCGGCUAGCAUCAUUUUCUGCCUUUUUACUGAAGUGGGUCGGUGCAAUACAUUUUAUGUGAGAUUGUUACCAAAAGCUUGUGCAUUCGGUUGCUGACUUGUAAUUGACGAGGCCCUUCUUACCAUGUGAUUUUCCUGUCGUCAUUUGCCGCGUAUACUUGGGAAUUGACGAUGGCCUCAGGGAAAUUAAAAAACCACUAAUAGGGAACGUUCGGUCGCAGUGGCCACGUGAAGGCAUAUGCCUCACAGUGAUAUGAGCAGGCAUGGGAAAAAUCUCCUCCAAUCUUCUGCUCCCCUCGCAUGUGAGGAGCAUGGCAAAGUUAUCGUGUACAUGGACCGUGUCGAUAGGUCACUUUACGCCCUUUUAAUAAUGGGAUUUGUUUGCUAGCUGAAGGUCAAGGGAUUCGUGUUGGGUUCCAUCAUUUAGGCCAUGGUGGGGUCAGCUUUGCAGGUGCUGUGGGCCCCAGUAUGCAUAGGUUUUUGGGGGGGUGGCAACCCCUAGGAAGAUGAUCCCACCCCCCUCCUGCGUUGCAGGAAUAACUUUGUGAAGAGAAUGGUGAAAGAAAGGACAUGAAAAUAGCUUGAAGGAUCUCGUGAUUGUCCACAACAUUGGCUGCAAAAGCAACCCAGCAGCACCAUCACCACCACCACCACCACCACCACCACUGGGAGCCUUGCCUUAUAAGUGACCCUAACCAAAAACCAAUAAUCACGCAUAUCUCUGGGCAAGGUUCUAGGGCCGAGGUAAAUAUCUGUUAUGUCAUUUGUGCUCGCAAAGAUUCUCCAAAUAUUCGGAUUGCUUAAUGGAUCUUCUCCUGCCUGGAUGUUGUGAAGUACCCGCACCAGGGAUAACGUGAUCCGAUGCCUAUUGCUCUGCUCCUUUGCAGUAGAAAGCAAAAGGGGUUAAUCAAAGAUUAGAUCUUAACCACAUCAAUAGGCAAAAUAGGCUCUGGCCAGUGCUUAUUCCAAUCAAGAGGACUGUCCAUUUCUUUAUAAAUCUUAAAGAAGCGGAAUGAUGGGCAAUGUGGCGCCAUUUUGAGUGAGUACUAGUCAUCCAAGUUACCAGCCCAAUUUAUAAAAUGCAUGCGAGUAGAAAAUUAAAUGAAUAUGUUGAACUUCCAAAAAGUUAUCUCUGGCUUCAGCAAUUGAGGCUGCACUGCAGUGGGAAUUUAUUCUCAUUUUUUGAAUCUAAUUACUGAGUUCAAUGAAAGAAACUUCAACAAAAGGAUACCUAAAAUUAAUCUAUGGUCUUGACUUUUUUCUUUCUAUUCAAUCUACCCUGAAUUCUAUUCGAGGCUUCGGAGCACCGUUAAGAAAGGAAUAAGGGAAUUCUACAGUUAAAGGAAAACAUCAAAUUCCUUCUUAAUCUAGAAGUAGCAACAAUAAAGUAAGGAUUAAAUAACCACUGGAAGUGUUUGAUUAGUUUGGCUGAGUCCCAAGAUGAAGGUUCAUCAUGAAUGCUCCAAUGCCCGAUUCGGCUUGUUUAUGUUUCCAGCAACAAUCUAAGCAAAAGCGUUUUCUCAGGAGAUGCUGUUUCUUUCUGUCUGUUUAUCUUCUUGUCAUAGUUACCACGGUAGGGGUGGGUGGAUUGACUGUUGUAUUCGUUUUGAAGCCUCAAAAGCCGGUAUUUUCUAUUCAAACCAUAAGAUUAGAUGCUUACAAAUUGAAUGUUUACUCCAAUUCAACCCUGUUUGUUUCGUCUGUUGCAUCUUUGAUCUUAAAUGCUAGCAAUCCUAACAAAAUUGGCCUAAGCUACAGCCCUUCGAGGUUUCAACUUUAUUUGGAAGGACUUCCAAUAGCAGUUAUUCGAGUUCCCAGGUUCUAUCAACCUGCUCAUAGUAACAAUGUAAGUUUGAGAACAAGGGUUUUGGUUCCUUGUGUGAAUGUUAGCCAGGUUAUGGGUGGAGGUUGGUUGCAAGAUCAGCAGGGGCAGAACAUUGUUCCAAUGAAACUAUUAGGCGAUAUUAAAGUAAACCUCCAUAUUCUACACUUAACCCUGCCAAAAAUCAAGGUUGCCCUGGAUUGUGACAUAAGUUUCGAGUAUAGCCAAUUGGCAUUCCUAAAUGAAGCUUACAGCAACAAAGCAGCUAAAAAUCCCUUUGCAUCUUUUUCAAAUGAUUCCAAAUCCUUCCUGAAGCAAUGUGCAUUGGCUAUCUACAUCUAAAAAAACCGGAGAUUUUCUUGAUAGGAAAGUUUGGUUUUUCUGAAGCUGGAAGAUUCUUGUUGAUGUGAUUUGCUAAUGGCUACAUAGCCUGACGGUCUCUUCUUCCUUAAGGAAGAUUAGGAUCCUUGCUAAUGGCUUAUAUAGGCAAUUCUGUCACCUGCCCCUCCAAAAUCAAGACAUGGAGGCAUUCGAUUCUCAAUCUUAUCAAAAAAGAAAUCAUAGGAUUCAAUUCAUCUUACAGUUUUUACAUCAAUAGCAUGAUAUGAUUAUCAGCUAGCCAUGAUGUCUUUUCAUUAUAAUUUCCAAUAUUUUUUUUUGAAAAAAAAA